AUGGAUCCACUGAUGACAGGAUUACCCGAUUUGUCUGAAUGGCCGCCGGAGUUGAGUCUAACGGUGCUGAAGAACCUGAACGCCACAGACCUGUGUCUGGCGGCCUGUGUGUGGACUGAGUUGGCCAGGGAUGAGGUGUUGUGGCACUCGUUGUCGUGCUCUCAGUGGGGAUACGCCUCCAUAUACCUGAAGCCCAAAAUGGAUAACUUCUCGUACCAUAAGAUGUACCUCCAGUUAGACGAGGGAACCGUUACCUUCAACGCCGACUCGCAAAUGGGAAUGGAGUACUUCUUGGGCCACAAACUGGUGGACAAUACGCCCAAAGAGAUCGCGAAGUUCUUCCAUUUGGCGAAACCUCUGGACAAAAGACAAAUGCGGUUAUACCUCAACAAAAGGCCCGAAGUGUUGGAUCAGUUGAUAAAUCUGCAGAACUUCGAGAACCAGUUCCUGCCGAACGCGUUGCGGCGACUGUUCUCCGUGUUGGAGGCGCCCACCAAACGGGACCAUUACCUCCACCUCAUGGUCGACAAGUUCUCGCAGCGCUUCUGCAACUGUAACCCCGGUCUCGGUCUCAAUGCGGACAUGAUUUACGUGCUCUGCUUCUCCCUAAUCAUGCUGUCCGUCGACCUCUCGAGUCCACACAUUAAGAACAAAAUGUCGAAACGAGAGUUCAUUCGUAACGUCCGGCGCGCCGUCCAUCGCGUCGACGACGAGCUCUACGGCCACCUCUACGACGACAUCUACCUUAAG